AUGAUAAAAGAGAAAUUGUUAAAAUUUUUAAAUUACUAUUAUUUUUUUAAAAAGUAUUAUAUUUAUCAUAUCCUUUUUUUGUAUAUAUUUUUUUUACGAAUAACUUAUACGUAUGCUGAAAUAACGAUAUCUCAGUUUUAUACAUUUUUAUUAAGUAAAUAUGAGAAUGUGGAGAAUAGUCGAAGAGAGGAUAAUUUUUUUUAUUACUUUACUCAUUUUUUUAAUUUUAAUUCAAGAUGUGAUGAUAAAUUUUUGAAUACGAAAUUAUUUGUUGUAGUAUAUUUACCAAUAUGUUUAAAAUGUUUUUAUACUCUUUUUUUUGAUUAUGUAGCUUAUUAUAUAUAUAUACGUUAUUAUUUUAAUAAAAUAAAUAAUGAUUUUAGGAGGUUUUUUUUUUCAUCUCUUACUUAUGAAAAUAUACAUGUAGCAAAUAAUUCUGUUUGUGAGAAUGCUUUACAUAUUAUAAAAAAGGUAAGAUCUAAUAGUAUUAAUAAAUUGAAAAAGGAGAAAAAAAGAAAGAAAACAAAAAAUGAGGUUAUGAAUAUUUACAUGAGGAAUAGAUUUUCUCAGAUAUCUUUUGAAGAGUAUAAAAAAUAUUGUAGUUUUUUAAAACGAAGAUAUAAAAAAAAAAAAAAAGAAAAAAGCGGGAAUUCAUUUAUUUAUAUAAAUGAAAAAAAAAAAAAAAAGUUUAGUUCAUAUAGAAGAACAGGUUAUAAAAAGGAUAUAUAUAAUAAAUAUAAAAGUAAUUAUAGAAGAAAAUAUAAUGAUAAUAAUUCAUUUAAUAAUAUUACAUAUGAUAUAUCUUCUAAUGAAUAUGAUAAUAAUUUCAUUCGUAAGGAUGUACCUUCUGAUGAGGUCAAAAUAAAGAUUAUAAAAUGUGAUGAGGAUUUUAUAAAAAAUAAUAAAUUAUUAUAUGAGAAGAAUCGAGGGAAUGGAGGUGGAAAUAGUCUGUUUAAUAAUUUAUUUAAAAAUAGAAAGCACAUAUUUUUUAGAAGAAAAAAUAAAAAUAAAAUAAUGGACAACAAAAAUGACCAAAAAAAUGACAACAAAUAUAACAAUAGUAAUAAUAUCAAAAAUGUGAAUAAUUCGGAUGAUGUAAUUUUUAGUAAAUUUUUAAAAGAUAAAUUCAAAAUGAUUAAAAAGAAAAAUGAUAUAAACCCAAUAAAUGAGGAUACAAAUGGAAAUAAAUAUUUUUUGGAGAACAAUAUAAACAAUGAAAGAACUAAAAAUAAUAGUAUAAAUAGUUCAGGUAUUUUAAAUUAUUUAUUUUUUAAAAAAAAUAAUAAUAGUAAUAUUAAUUAUGAAGCUAUAAAGGAUGAUACUUGUAAUGAUAAUUAUCAUUAUAAUAAGAUGGAUAAUAAUGUCAAUAAUAUAAACAAUAUAGAUAAUACAACAUAUAAACAUUCUUUUAAUAAUGAAUAUAAUAAUUCUUCUGAUUUUUGUUCUAAGGAAUAUGAUGAAAUAUAUAAGAAUAAUAAAAGAUCACAUAAUGAGAAGGAAAUGUUAUUAAAUUUUCGUUUAGAUAAAAAAAAGGAAAAAAACAAAAAAAAAAGUGGAAAUGCUACUAAUAAAGUAAAUGUAAAAGAUAUGAAUACAAAAAAUUAUUUUAUAAAUUUUUGUAAUAAUUUACAGACUGAUAACUUUCUUAUGAACAAUGAAAAUAACAUUGAUAUUUAUUCAGAAGGAGAUAUUAAUAAGGAGCAAAUGAAUGUACAUAAUAAAUCAUAUAAUGAAAAUAUAAAUGAAAAAAAAAAAAAAAGUGAAAAGUGUAAAAGGGGUAAUACGUGUGUAUUAGCUACUGAUGUUGAUAUAGAUGAGAAAAGUUAUGACGAUGGAACUAUUAUGCUGAAUGAAAAUAAUGAUAGUAAUGAUAAAAAUAAUGAUAGUGAUAAUAAAAAUAAUGAUAGUAAUGAUAAAAAUAAUAAUGAUAGUAAUGAUAAAAAUAAAAAUAAUGAUAGUAAUGAUAAAAAUAAUGAUAGUAAUAAGAACAAGUUUCAUGUGUCAUAUGUAAAAAAUAAUAUGCUAAAUAAUAAUAUUAAUGAGGAAAAGAAAAAAAAUUAUUAUUAUAAAAAAAUGAAUAAUACAGAUUAUACGAACGAAUGUGAUAAUUAUGAUUAUGACUAUAUAAACGAUGAUUUAAAUGAGAGUCAGAAAAUGUGCUAUCGUAAUUUAAGAGGUAGCUUAAAUAUGGAAUAUAUUUUUAAAGAUAGUUAUGAAUUAUUAGAUAAUAAUGAAUCGAAUGAAUAUUAUUAUUAUAAUAAAUUUAAAAGUUUUUAUUAUGAAAUAGAUGAAGAAAAUCAGACAUGUUCAAAUAUAAAAGAAAUAAUAAGUAAUAAGAUUAAUGCUGAAUUUUAUCAUUUAAAAUUAAAUAUACUUAUAUUGUCUUGUAUUAUAAUUCAGAUAUUUAAUUCAUUUAUUUUAAUUUUGAUAUCUAAUAAUUUUAUUUUAAAAAGAGAAAGAAUAUUUUUUUUUUGUUUUUUAUAUUCUUUAUUAGAAAGUGUAACAGAUGUAAUAUCAGAUAAUAUUUUUUUUUUAUGUGGUAAAUUUACAAAUAUAUAUAAAAAAGAAUUUAGUAUAAAUUCUAUAUAUAUAAUACAAGUAAUAAGUAAAAUGGUUUUAAGUGUUUCUACCAUUUUUAUAUAUUGUAUAUAUCACAUAUUUGUUAUUUUAUUUAAUGAUGUCAAUAUAAUGAUAAUAAAUACAUUAAUUAAAGCCCUUUCAAUUUUUGUGCUUUCUUUUAUAUUUCUUAAAAAUAAGGAUAAUAUAUUUAGUUAUUAUUAUAAUGACAAGUAUGUACAUUUGAAUAAUUUUUUUCAAAGAAGAAAUGGAAAAGAUGAAAUGUUGAAGGAUGUUAAUCGUAGGGGGGCUACCGAUCUGUUUUUAAAAAGAAGUAAGUAUGUUGCUCAGGAUAAUAAUAAUAAUAAUAAUAAUAUAAUAAGUAAAUUUCAACAGAAUGUGGAAAUAAAAAGUGAUAUCUCUAACAAGGGUUCUAAUAAAAAUGGAGAGCCCCCAAAUGGAGAUGAUGUUAAUGUGAAUGUAAAUUAUUCAAAUGGUGAUAAUAAAAAAAUCAUACCUAGUAAUACAAGUGAUUUAUCUUUUAAAAAUAUAUAUAAAUAUGAUGCAUAUAUAAAGGAUGCUUAUGUGAAAAAUGAAAAGCUGAAUUAUUUAGCUAUGAGCAAGGGUAAUAUAAAUAGUACAUACAUAAAAGAUGAAAAUAUAUUGAAUAAUAAUUUUGUUAAAGGAGAAUAUAAAAAGAUGAAGAGAAAUGGUUAUAAUAUAUUUUUGUUGGAUAAAUUAAAAUGUGUAUUAGAAGUUUUAAAUAUUUUUAAAUUUAUAUCAAGAAUAAAAAGUUAUUUGUGUAAAAGAAAUAGAAUGACUUAUGAUUUUAAUUAUACUUUAUUAAAUGUCAAAAGUGUAAAAUAUGAUGAGAAUAAAAUAUAUGAUAAUAUGUCAUAUGGACAGGAGAAAAAAAAAAAAAAAAAAAAAAAUAGUAAAUUAUAUAAAAAAUAUGGAAAAUAUGACAACUUAAAUUUUGAAAUAAAAAUACCUACAAUAAAAAAUAUAAAAGAUUUAUUUUGUAUGAAUAAUAAAUUCGAUUGGUCUUGUACUAUGCAAAAUAAUAAUAUGAUUAAAAAUUAUAAAAAGCCAUUAUUAAAUGAUAAUAUAAAUAAUAGUAAUACAUGGAUUAAUAAUAAUUUAAAGAAGAAAAAUAAUAUAAAUAAAAAAAAAAAAAUAAUAAUAAAUUAUCCUCUUAAAUUAUUAUUAAAUAAUUUAAAUUUUUCGAAUAUAUUCUAUAUAUGUUUAUUAUUAAUUAUACCAACAUUUGAAAGAAUAUUUUUAAAUUAUAAAAUAAAAAAUAUUACUUUAGAUCUGCAUUCUUAUUGUUAUCUCAAUAUAGUAAAUUAUAUAACUGACUUAAUAGGUUUGUAUAUAUAUAUAAGUUAUUUUAAUGAGGAAUCAUAUUCCUCCUCUAUUUUUUUAAGUUCACUUAUUAACAUAUUCUUAUUGUCUGUGCGCUUCCUCUUUUUGUAUAAAAAUUUUAACCAGUUAGGUUUAUUGUUUUUGGAAACCAUAUUGAAGUCUCUUCACAAGACAUUUUUUUACAUGCCCAUAUUUAUACUAGUAACAAAGGUAUAUAUAAAAAACAUUAACAACUUGAUGUGUUCUUUCUACUCUAGUAUUUUAGACGUUAGUUCUUUUGCUUCCUACUAUUUUGAAUAUCUUAUAUUAAGCUUUUACAAUAUUGAUGAUUCAAAGAAUAUUUUUGUCGUUGUGUAUUUAACCUUUUUGGUAUUGCAUUUAUUAUCUCUAGUAGUUAUAUCAAAAUUGAAGAAGUGA